GAUUGUAUGUACCCAUUGCUGUUCGCUUAUUCUUCUUCGAUAGAUCCACACGCAAAAAGGAGCACGUAAAGUUGGAUGUAAAUGCAUGUAGAUGGAUAUGAGGUGAUUUCGGCAGUUUAGCCUAGCAAUGGACAAGGUUGUCAAUCGUCUUCUCUAACGUCCGCGCUUCAUCUAUAAAUGCAGCAGCAGCUUGGCGUCAUGUCACUGUUCAACAGUAUCACCUGGAACACACAACUACGUCACAACUAUUGUUACGUCACGUCAUUGUCCCUGAAAAUCGCCGGCCAUGUUUGACAACAGUACUAAUGACGAUUGGCAGGAAUUAAUAGACCUAUGGGACUAUCUCCUCCACAGUGAUGUCGACCCCGAACUUGCCAUCAAAGCAGUUAAGGGGUCGAUGACCAGCUCUGUCAACGUUGCAGAGGAUCACGUGCAUGUCGCUGAUGUCGAGGACGUAUAUCCGACUGAGGACACCCCGUCUCCACCAGUAUGGCCGAAAUCCUUCACACAGAACCCGACUGGAAGUGGAGACAUUCUUCGUCCCCCUACACCAAUCUGGAUCGAGGGCAGAUACACUCCCGUCUUCAACACGGCACCCAAAGUAAUCUCCUGCGAGACUCCUGUCUUCAACGUUCACCCCGCAGUAAUCUCCAGCGAGACUCCUCUUGAAUCUUACGAAAUAGUCUCCAAGACAAAGAAAGCAUCAAGACUCGUCAGGUUCUUCCGCGGGGUGUGCCGGCUGUUCAGCCGCAAAAGCAUCCACAAGCGGGGUGGCUGGAACAGGCUCUAGACUUUCUUAUAGACCCUCCCCUUGUUUGGAGAAAAAACUGAAAAAAUUAAUCAUUGACUUUUUACACCCAUUGUUGAGUUUUUGUUUAUUUGAAACACAAAUUUACAUUUGUUAUUAAAUGGUUAAAUUGA